AUGAAAUUUCCAUACUUAACAGUAUUGACGCGAAUGCCUUUCGGCCCCAAUUCAACGGCAAUACAUUUGCCAAACAUAUCGAUCGCUGCCUUUGACAUACAAUACGGCGAUCCAUUAGUGUUCAAAACAGAUUUGAAGGCAUCCAUGAAUUUGUCGUCGUAUACGGCGCUCAUAACAUACCCGCCGGCGUUAUUGACCAAUACAUCCAAUCGGCCAAAAGUAUUCACAGUUUCGGUCACUAAACGUUGUAAAUCCUGUUCACUCGUCACGUCUGCCAACACUUGCAGUACGGCUGAGACACCGGUCGGCGACACAUCGGCGCACUGUUUGGCCACUUCGGCCACUUUGUCGCCGUUACGUCCGGUCACCACUACUUUGGCGCCCGAUUUGGCAAACAGUACGGCUGUGGCGGCGCCGAUGCCUGAGCUCGAGCCCGUCACCAGCGCUACUCUUCCACUAAAAUCAAACUUUAGGGACAUUUUCAAAUGGUAUCGUAUAUUGAAUUACUGGUCCGACAAUCAUAUCUCGGGUCCGAAACCUCUGCCAUAUUUUGGCAAUUCUUUAAGUCUUAUACUAAGGCCUAAGCCAUUGGUUGAGUUGGAGUGGUAUAACACUUACGGCCCAGUCUAUGGCAAAUAUAAUUGUGGAAAACCGGAGCUAUCGGUGGCGGACCCGGCGCUCAUCAAACAGAUUCUGGUAAAAGACUUUCACAAAUUCCAUAACAGAGGCGUCACUCGAGUGGACGAAGGGAUGAACACAAACCUCUUCAGCUCCAGAGAUGAGCACUGGAAACGGAUCCGAGCCAUAGCCAGUCCCACAUUCACGUCCCACAAACUCAAAGACAUGUAUCCAGUGGUCAACGAGUGUUGCCGACACUUCUUGGCCGCACUCGACAGAGACGUGUCCACCGGUCGGACGGAAGUGGAGUUAAAGGUAUUGAUGGCCGCCUAUACCAUAGAUGUGAUGGGCAGUUGUGUCUUCUCCGCCCACACCGACUCCUAUACCGAUCCAAACAAUCCGUUCACUACUAAAACGAAUUGGAUUUUGAAAAAUUUUAGCAAUUUAUCGGCCGAUAUAUUGACUAACAUUUUACCGACUUUUCUGACUAAAUGGUUGGCGACCAACAGCUUAUCAAAUAUGAUGUUUUUCAUGCACCUGUCCGGGCGGUUGGUGUCUGAGCGCAAACACGCGGUCCAAAAACCACACGAUUUGUUACAGUAUUUUAUAGAUAUGAAGAGAGAGGACAACAACACGACGGGUGCGGACUCUGCGGCUACCGAUGCUAUGAUAGGACAUCACUUGACGGCAGACGUCGACGAACUGAUGGCAGAGAAGCGGGCAUUGAGUGGAGUCGUAGCCAAGAAGUUGACCGAAGAGGAAGUGAUCGCUCAGUCCGUCCUGUUUUUCUUCGGAGGCGUUGAGUCGACGGCCAGUACUCUGUCGUUCUGUACGUAUGAAUUGGCACUCAAUCCCGAUAUUCAGGACGCGUUGGUGGCGGAGACCAGUGAGGCGUUCAAUGAAAACACGGGAGAUAUAGACUACGAGACCGUUUCCCGACUCCCACUUCUCGACGCCGUUAUAUCGGAAACCCUUCGCAAAUACCCGCCGGGCGUUAAUCCUAAGCGUGAGGCCGCGGAGGACGUGAUGCUCACCAAAGGGACCGACGGGUCGGUGUUUAUGAUUAAAAAGGGAAUGAACAUCGAUAUACCGGUGUAUGCCAUACAUCACUCGCCCGACAACUAUCCCGAUCCCGAGGCCUUCAAACCCGACCGCUUUUUGCCGCAAAAUCGCCAUCACAUCAAACCCUAUACAUACCUGCCAUUCGGCGCCGGACCCCGAAAUUGCAUUGGUAUGCGUUUUGGUUUGCUUGAGAUCAAACUAGCCAUGGUCAAAUUGCUCCGACAGUUCCGUUUCUAUGGGUUGCCCACCACUGAUGCGCCCGUUGUGUUCACUACGGGUCGAGUGUUUUUACACUCCGAUAGGCUUCGAGUGGGAGUUGCGAAGCGUUAG